AUGCCCCCCUCCGUCAGCGCCGUCCUCAUGCGCUGCGUGCCCCCCUAUCCCGCGGCGGCCGCGCUGCUGUCGGAGAGCAUGGCGCCCGCCGAGUGGGCGUCGGCGCGCCACGUGCUGUCGCUGCUGCGGGAGGCGCUGGCGCCAGCGGCGGCGGCGCACAACGGGCUGACCGUGCACGCGCUGGCGGAGGCGCUGGCAGAGUACUGGUUUGCAGGCAGCAGCGCUCCAGUGCCAGCUGAGCUGGCGGCCAACCGCAUCGCGUUUCUCAUGGUGCUGCUGGACCCCGAUUCUUUGGGGCUGGAAGGCGCGGAGGAGUUGGCCGACUGCCGCGUCGCGACGGCACGCGAGGCGGCAGUGGCGGCAGCAGCAGCAGAGGCUGGCGAGGAGAGCUUGCUUUAG